GAAAAGAGGGGGACCCUGAAAUAUUGUGCAAAAACGAGGCUCCCACAGAUAUAAAAAUUCAGCGAUACAGAAUCUGUGCAGCCAGAGGCGAUCCACAGCCGGGCUCUCUCCGGAGAGGGAGUCACCCUGCAAAGGAACCCACCAUGACCAGCCGGAGCUUGCCGAGCUGGGCUUUGAUGCUACUUCUUUCCAGUACUGCCUGCUCUCUGGACUGUCACUUUCAACGGAGGGGCAUCUGGGAGAUUGUACAACAUUUAGAGAACCUUGGAGGAAAAUUUCCCCUGAGAUGUUUGAAGGACAGAAGCAACUUCAGAUUCCUCCAGGUUGCAAAAAUCGACCAGCUUCCGGAGGAAACUGCUUUCCUGGCCAUUGGAGAAAUGCUGCGACAGGUCUUCAACACUUUCAGCCUGAAUGUCUCCCAAUCGUUGUGGAAUGAAAGCCGUUUAGAGAGACUCCUAAGUGGACUGUAUCAGCAAACGGAGAAGACAGGGGUAUGCCUGGAGCAGGACUCUGGGCAGGAGGAUCAUUCAUCCUCGCAAAGGGAGGGUACCAGACUUGCAAUAAAGAAUUAUUUCCAAGGCAUCCGUGACUAUUUGCAAGGCCAAAAGUAUAGCCACUGUGCCUGGGAGGUCAUCCGUGUGGAAAUCCGAAGGUGUUUUCUCUUCAUUGAACAGCUGACAAGAAGACAUCGGGACCAAGAAAUAGGUCACUUACAUAACUAA